GAAUUUUUGAAAAUGCUCCCAAAAAGUGAUUAGGAUUCCACUUAUCCACGACUCGACUCGACUCGUCUCGACUUGUCACAGAAAGAUCGCUGCCAAGACGCACACCUCUUCAUACAAAAGAAAAGCCGUAUCCAACCUCGAACCUCCAAACGACGACACCGACAAUGGCACAAAGACAAUUGAAAAUUGGACGCACUAUUAUUAGUACAUGUACUCGGAUUCGAUUCUUGUACAUCGUAGCACCUACCGUAUCCACUACUCUCCUACCGUAGCUAGCCCCCCAAACGAGAUCGACGGCUGCCGCCAUUGCUACUGUAGAUAGCUAACUCUCCCCAGACAGUACAAGUCAAGGAGAUCCUCUCCGCACUACUAUAGCUACUAUAGUAUAGUAUACCAAGGCAGCUACAAAACUACCAUGAUCAGGUCUUGUCGAAUUCCUCCCAUUUUGAAUCGAAUUUGCGACGAUGUCAUACACACGUCUCUAUUGGUGACGGCCGACGGUGAACUAUUAGGAGCCAGCACCAAGCGAAGCAGUUCCAGCCUCUUUGGACCUCCUCCCGAUGGAAACACUACUACAACGACUACACCUAACAACAACAUCAACAAUUCUACGAUCAAUACAUCGGGUGCCAUUGAAAAUCUGGGGACGCUCAUUGCCGAUAUUGCCGUCGAUUAUCAUCGAUUGGGCGAAGAAUACGCCGGCAUUGAUCAAGGCGCAACAACACGCAGCAACAACAAUAGCAAUAGUAACAAGAGCCAACUGCAGUGUCUCUUGAUGGAACUCGAAUUGGGGCUUGUGGCGGUAUCCACCUGUGGCAGUUUUGAUUGCUUGGUCAUUGCCAUUGCAUCCCCGACGGCGCCAUUGGGAUUGGUCAAGGCACGCAUUCAAACGCUGGCGUUAUACGUACAAGAAGCACUGUCGCCGUUGGCAGAGAAUACAUAAUAGUAAUUCUAGAUUGCCAGGAAGAUACGGAUGAAUGAAUGAUUCGAUUCGUGGAUGUUCCAGGGGACACUGACUGCUACAUGUACUAGUACCUUUACACAGCAAAAUAUUGGUUUGAGAAAUCCACUCACUGGAAAUAAGAUCUCUCCUAUGGAUUGCCCACUUCGUGUAUGAUCUUGCUAUUGGCUACCAGUCGCUGGCCUAGUCCCUACUGCAAACAACUAUUAGUUAAUUAGUAAAACGUCGUCUAUUCAAAGU